GAAGACUAAUCGUAGUAUUAUCCGGUUCACUUCCUUCGUUUCGAAAUUAUUAGGGUUACUGCGAAUUUGCUCUCUCCUUCUUCGUCUCCAGCUUGACAAUGCCUCGCUAUGAUGAUCGCUAUGGAAACACUCGCCUCUAUGUUGGUCGCUUGUCAUCUAGAACUCGUACCAGAGACCUUGAACGUCUUUUUAGCAGAUACGGAAGAGUACGAGAUGUGGAUAUGAAGCGUGAUUAUGCCUUUGUUGAAUUUAGUGAUCCUCGGGAUGCUGAUGACGCAAGAUAUUACCUGGAUGGACGCGAUUUCGAUGGAAGUCGCAUCACUGUGGAGGCAUCAAGAGGGGCGCCUCGUGGUUCUCGAGACAAUGGUAGCAGAGGCCCUCCUCCUGGUUCUGGUCGCUGUUUUAAUUGUGGUGUUGAUGGUCACUGGGCCCGAGACUGCACAGCAGGAGACUGGAAGAAUAAAUGUUACCGCUGUGGAGAAAGAGGACACAUCGAGAGAAACUGCAAGAACAGUCCUAGUCCAAAGAAGGCCAGGCAGGGUGGAAGCUAUUCCAGGUCACCAGUCAAAUCCCGCUCCCCUCGUCGCCGAAGGAGCCCAAGCCGUAGCCGUAGUUACAGUCGGGGUCGCAGCUACAGUCGAUCGCGAUCCCCAGUGAGAAGAGAGAAAAGCGUGGAGGAUAGAUCACGCAGCCCUAAGGCAGUGGAGCGAUCUUUGUCUCCUAAAGGCAGGGAUCGAAGCCUGAGCCCAGACCGAAAGGUGAUAGAUGCGAGCCCAAAGCGUGGAUCAGAGUAUGAUGGUAGCCCAAAAGAGAAUGGUAAUGGCAGGAACUCUGUGAGUCCCAUUGUUGGAGGUGAUGAAAGUCCUGUUGGACUUAAUGGUCAAGACAGGAGUCCCAUGGAUGAUGAGGCUGAGCUUAACCGUCCUUCCCCUAAAGGCAGUGAGUCACCUUGAUGGCUCACAGAUUAAAGCCCUAUGAAGCAUUGUGUACUGAUGGAUGUUGUUUCCUUUCCCUUUCUUUCUGCUUGAUACUUUCCUUUUUGGUUGCGUGACAAUGCUGGAUUUACUUCUUUGAUGACUCUUUUGGUUUGUUUUCCGACAACUUUUAAACUCUGCGAUGUUACUUUUCAUUGUUUAGUAAUAAACAACAAUUGAUGAA